AUGUCGAUUGACUUCCCCGCGGAAGAAGAGCUCGUGCUCUCUCGGUGGAGGGAGAUUGAUGCGUUCAAGCGCCAGGUCGAACUUUCUAGCGACAAGCCUCGAUACUCUUUCUUCGACGGUCCACCUUUCGCUACUGGAUUGCCUCACUAUGGCCAUCUGCUUGCCUCCACUAUCAAGGAUGUUAUCCCCAGGUAUUGGUCUAUGAAGGGCUACCACGUCGAGCGUCGCUUUGGCUGGGACACCCACGGCGUGCCAAUCGAGUAUGAAAUCGACAAGAAGCUCGGUAUGUCCGGUCUGCAGGCCGUGCAGGAGAUUGGUAUCGAAAAGUACAACGAGGAGUGCCGCGCAAUUGUCAUGCGUUACUCUACGGAAUGGCGUCAGACCAUCGAGCGUCUGGGUCGUUGGAUCGACUUUGACAACGACUACAAGACCAUGAACCCCUCUUUCAUGGAGUCGGUCUGGUGGGUGUUCAAGGAGCUCUUUGACAAGGGCCUCGUUUACCGUGGAUAUCGUGUUAUGCCCUACUCGACUGCUCUCAACACCCCUCUCAGUAACUUCGAGGCGCAACAGAACUACAAGGAUGUUCAAGACCCCGCUAUUGUGGUAACUUUCCCGUUGUUGGAUGAUCCCGAGACCUGCCUGCUUGCAUGGACCACCACCCCGUGGACACUUCCUUCGCACACCGGCCUUUGUGCCCACCCCGCUUUCGAAUACGUCAAGAUUUACGACGAGGCCACGAAAAAGAACUACAUUCUGUUGGAGGCUCUUCUUCGAACCAUUUACAAGGACCCCAAGAAGGCCAAAUUCAAGAUUGUCGACCGCAUCAAGGGUUCUGAUAUGCUGGGAUGGAAGUACACACCUCUCUUUGACUACUUCUAUGACGAGUUCAAGGAUUCUGGCUUCCGGGUUCUGAACGAUGAAUAUGUUACCGCCGAGGACGGUGUGGGUAUUGUCCACCAAGCCCCUGCCUUUGGUGAGGAGGAUUACCAAGUUGCUGUGAACCACGGUGUUAUCAACGAGACCCGCCUUCCCCCCAACCCCGUCGAUGCCCAAGGUUGUUUCACCGCUGAAGUCCGGGACUUCGUUGGUCAGAAUGUCAAGGCCGCCGACAAGGGUAUCAUUAAGCUCCUCAAGGGCAACGGCCGUGUCCUUGUUGACAGCCAGAUUACUCACAGUUAUCCCUUCUGCUGGCGAUCCGACACCCCUCUCAUCUACCGCGCUGUUCCAUCCUGGUUCGUGAAAGUAAAGCCUAUCAUUCCCGACAUCCUUGAGGGAAUUGAAAAGUCCCACUGGGUUCCAUCCAAUGUCAAGGAGCGCAGAUUCGCUAGCUGGAUUCGCAAUGCCCACGACUGGAACGUUUCUCGUAACCGUUUCUGGGGCACACCCCUGCCCUUGUGGGUCAGUGAUGACUUCAAGGAAGUUGUUGCCAUCGGUAGCAUUGAGCAGCUCCGCGAACUGAGCGGUUACGAGGGCGAGCUCAACGACAUCCACCGUGACAAGGUCGACCACAUCACUAUCCCCAGCAAGCAAGGCAAGGGUGUCCUUCGCCGAGUCUCUGAGGUCUUCGAUUGCUGGUUCGAGAGUGGUGCUAUGCCCUACGCCAGUCAGCACUUCCCCUUCGAGAACAAGGAGCAAUUCGAGGACAGCUUCCCCGCCGACUUUAUCGCCGAGGGUCUCGACCAAACCCGUGGUUGGUUCUACGUGCUUUCAGUUAUCGGAGUCCACUUGCGCAACAAGUUGCCCUACAAGAACGUUGUUGUUAACGGCAUCGUUCUUGCUGAAGACGGUCGUAAGAUGUCUAAGCGUUUGCAAAACUACCCUGACCCAACGCUGGUGAUGAACUCUUACGGAUCAGAUGCUCUUCGCCUAUACAUGAUCAACUCCCCUGUCGUUCGUGCUGAACCACUUAGGUUCAAGGAAUCAGGUGUCAAGGAGAUUGUCGGCAAGGUCCUUCUCCCUCUGUGGAACAGCUACAAGUUCUUCGAGGGCCAGGUCGCGCUCCUCAAGAAGACCUCUGACGUUGACUUCGUCUUCGACCCGACCGCAGAGAGCACCAACGAGAACGUCUUCGAUCGAUGGAUCUUGGCCAGCACUCAAAGUCUGCUCAAGUGGGUCAACCAGGAGAUGGCUGCAUACAGACUCUACACUGUUGUGCCUCGACUCCUAGAGCUCAUUGACAACACCACUAACUGGUACAUCCGCUUCAACCGCAAGCGUCUCAAGGGCGAAAACGGCGUCGAGGAUACCCUGCACGCCCUCAACACUCUCUUUGAGGUUCUCUACACCCUUGUCCGAGGCCUUGCUCCCUUCACACCUUUCCUUACCGACAACAUCUACCAGCGCCUCCUCCCUCACAUUCCCGAAUCCCUGCGUGGCGCUGACAGCCGCUGUGUUCACUUCCUUCCCUUCCCUGAAGUGCGCGAAGAGCUCUUUGAUGCCACUGUGGAACGCCGUGUCUCCAGAAUGCAAAAGGUCAUUGAGCUGGGACGUCUGAGCCGCGAGCGUCGUGCCAUUGGUCUGAAGACCCCUCUCAAGUCCCUUGUCGUGAUCCACAAUGACCCCGUUUACCUUGACGAUGUCAGGUCGCUCGAGAGUUACGUCUGCUCCGAGUUGAACGUGCUUGAGCUUGAGCUUUCAUCUGAUGAGGUCAAGUACAAGGUCGACUACUCCGUUGUGGCUGAUUGGCCUACCCUGGGCAAGAAGCUGAAGAAGGAUGUGCAGAAGGUCAAGAAGGCUCUGCCCCUGCUCUCCAGCGAUGAUGUGAAGGGAUUCCUUCUCAACAAGAAGAUCCUCGUCGAUGGCAUUGAGCUUGUUGAGGGCGACCUCGUUGUCAAGCGUGGAAUCAAGGAGGAUGAAAACAGCAAGGGCUUUGAGACGAACACCGACUCUGAUGUUUUGACCAUCCUCGAUGCCAACCUAUACCCCGAGCUGGCUCACCAGGGCCUGGGCCGUGAGAUCAUCAACCGUAUCCAGCGUCUUCGCAAAAAGGCUGGUCUGGUCCCCACCGAUGACGUGAAGAUGGAGUACACUGUCAUCUCAGACCCCGAUAACAUUGGUAUCAGCGAGGCUUUCAAGUCUCAGGCCUCUGAGAUCGAGAAGGUCCUCCGACGACCUGUUGACCAGAGUGAUCUCUCCGUCGACAAGCUACCGACCGGCGAGGAGGAAGGUACUAUCUCCCAGGAGGAGCAAGAAGUGCAGAACGCCACCUUCUUGCUGCGCAUUCUCAAGCUCUAG